CAGUCAAACAAGAGGUCCUCUCACACACUCCCUUCAACACACAUAACGUCUCCGUAACGCAACUUAACGGUUCAUAUUUCACAAUACUCUCUUAUUAAACAUAAUUCAGCUUCUGUCCACUCUUCACUCUCUGCUUUCUCUCGCACUUAUGGGGGAAACUUUUCUUUAUCUUCAAUGUCUGGUGGUGGUCUUCAAUUUGAUGGCUUUAGCCUCUGCACAGCUGCCUGGAACGUGGGAGCUACUAGUCCUAAAUGCAGGAAUAGCCUCAAUGCACACAGCCGUUACUCGUUUCAACACCGUCGUCCUUCUCGACCGGACUAACAUUGGUCCGUCUCGCAAGAUGCUACCCAAAGGCCAUUGUCGUUAUGAUUCCAAAGACGUCGCUCUAAAACAUGAUUGUUAUGCUCAUUCAGUUCUUUUCGAUCCACAAAAUAAUCAACUCCGACCGUUGAUGAUUCUCACGGACACGUGGUGCUCUUCUGGUCAGUUUCUUCCUAAUGGUACUUUGUUACAAACUGGUGGUAGCAUGGACGGGUUCACUAAAAUCCGAAAGUUCGAACCCUGUGAACCAAACGGGUUGUGCGACUGGGUUGAGCUUGAUGAUGUGAAAUUGAGCGAAGGAAGAUGGUAUUCUACGAAUCAGAUUUUACCGGAUGGGUCGGUAAUUAUCGUCGGUGGAAGAGGGGCAAAUACGGUAGAAUAUUAUCCUCCUAGAAACGCCGCCGUUGCUUUUCCUUUUCUUGCUGAAGCGGAGGAUAAUCAGAUGGAUAAUUUGUAUCCCUACGUACAUCUCCUCCCUAACAGUCAUCUUUUCAUUUUUGCCAACAAUAAGGCUGUACUGUACGAUCAUCAGACUAAUAAAGUUAUCAAAUAUUAUCCACCGCUGGAUGGGGGCCCCCGAAAUUAUCCCUCAGCUGGAUCCUCAGUUAUGUUAGCAUUAGAAGGUGAUUACUCAACGGCUGCGAUUGUUAUUUGUGGUGGGGCUCAGUACGGAGCUUUUAUAGAAAGGAGCAUUGAUACACCAGCACACGGUAGCUGUGGACGCAUUGUUGCUACAUCACCCGACCCGGUUUGGGAAAUGGAGACUAUGCCAUUCGGACGGAUCAUGGGCGAUAUGGUUAUGCUGCCAACUGGUGAAGUUUUAAUCAUAAAUGGAGCUAGCGCUGGAACGCAAGGGUUUGAGCUGGCAUCAAACCCGUGUUUAUAUCCGCUCUUGUAUAGACCAGAUCAACCCGUUGGUUUACGGUUCAUGACUUUAAACCCAGGAACCGUACCCAGAUUGUACCACUCAACGGCUAAUUUAUUACCAGAUGGGCGAGUUUUAUUAGCAGGAAGCAACCCGCACUUUUUCUAUAAAUUCAACGCUGAAUUUCCUACAGAAUUACGAAUAGAGGCAUUUUCGCCCGAAUACUUGUCGGCUGACCGAGCCAAUAUCCGACCCAUAAUUGAAGAGAUUCCUGAAACGGUACGUUAUGGAGAGGUUUUUAACGUACUAAUAUCCGUCUCAUUGCCCGUUGUGGAAAUUGUACAAGUAAACAUUGGAAGCGCCCCUUUUGCAACGCAUUCAUUUUCGCAAGGACAAAGAUUAGUAAAAUUGACUGUUACACCCGCCGUGCCGGACGGUAGCGGUAGGUACAGAAUUGGAUGCACCGCGCCGCCUAAUGGGGUGGUUGCCCCACCUGGUUAUUAUAUGGUAUUCGCUGUUAAUCAAGGCGUGCCAAGUGUGGCGCGGUGGGUGCAGUUGGUGUCAUAGUGAGGGAAAGGUUCAAUUUAACUUGUGCUUGGGUGCACAGAAAUUUUAGUGAUUGCCUGUUGAUAUGGAAUAGAUCAUUCGAUUUCAAAUGUGAAAUUGGAUUGCUACUUUUUACUGUUACACAGUAUUUAUAUCUGUCAAUAAAAAAGGUGACUGAGCUGAGCUGCAAUUCAUUUGCUGCAUUUA